AUGUCUGACUCUACUAGAAGUAAAACAGUCGACAUACCUUUCAAACGCAUUUUAGUUACAGAUCCUUGCCAAUUACCCAAUAGUUACUCUACCACGCCAGGAGGAACUAUCUUUUCUACCACUCCUGGUGGGACGCGUAUCAUUUAUGAUCGAGCAUUCUUAUUACAAAUGAGAAACUCUCCUCAUGCUCAAAUUCCUCCAUCGAACUUACCGAAUAUCCCUGGCGUAACAAGUCCUCCUAUAAAAGAAGAUAAAUUUCCUAAGUCGAAAGACCAUCCGGAAAAAUCUACAAAUCCAGUCACUUCGAGGCCGAACGUUGAACAGAAGGAAGACAAAGGUGAAGAAGAACAGUUUGCUAUGGAAAUGGAAGAAUGA